UCAUAAGUAUUUUUCGAUUUUUGACGAAGACGAGUUAAGUGGUGGCGACACCUGGGAGUAUAGCCUAGUAGGCAAUAGCUAUGGUUUCAGUAUCAAUAGAUUCACAGGGGAGAUAACUGCAAACGACUAUGACGUAGAUCAACCGCUGGAGCAGAAUGUCAACCUGACCAUCAUGGUGAAGGAUUCUAAAGGAGCAGGCACCACCGGGCGACUCAACGACACAGUGCAACUACAUCUUCAUAUUCGUGACGUCAACGACAAUCGGCCACAUUUUGCGAAAACUGGUUUCAUUUUGAGUGUAUAUGAGUGUGACCCAAUAGGUUAUGAGCAGAAUUUCGAUCCUCCAGCAGACUAUCUUUCAAUAAACGACAGAGAUUUGGGCUACAAGGAAAGUAAUAUGACGAAUUGUGUGCCAGUUAACAACGGGAAGAUUGCCGUCAGCGCUGACUGUAAGGUGUACCACAUCGGCCGCAUCCCUGGAGGGACGUUAUCGACAAUACAGGUGUACGGCACCGACAGAGGGACUCAUUACAAACCUCUACGUACAGAGGUCCCCGCUACAAUCGUCAUGACGUCAAAAGUGUGUAUAACCACGACGUACAACCCUCCCCCUGUAGUAACCCAGUACGCGCCGGCAAAGACGAUUGAUGUCACGUCGACGACCACAGUGAUCGUCACUGUAACUGUACCGCCUGCUACGACGACAGCCCCGGUACCAAUGAAGAGUACGAGUAACCUGGCGUGGAUCAUCCCGGCCGCCAUUCUCGGCGCGCUGGCCCUGGCCGGAUUGUCGUAUCUUCUGUGGAAAUAUUGCAGCUGCGACUCACCUCCUCCUCCUCCACCAACACCACCUAAACCAGUGACACCACCGCCUCCAGAACCGCCGAAACGACCCAAAACUCCAGAUCCGCCCGAGCCCACUCCCGUGGAAGAAGCUGAAGUUGCGUGGGUGUACAGCGGGACCUCCGUAUCCUAUGAUUAUUCAACAGCUGAAGUUGCUUCGCAACAAGUCCUUGUACAGAACGUGCAGCCAGUGACAUACGAAGUGCAGCCUGUGGCCUAUGAAAUGCAACCUGUGCAACUUGUGGGCACUCAGCCUUACGUGACAUAUUGAGAAGGCAGUCGUCACGGCAGUCGUGAUUUAUGUUUUUGAAACGACAAGUCCAAUAACUCAUAUUACGGAUAAAAAUUGAAUGCUUG